CGACCAAUCGGGAAACAGAUAAGGCGUAUCGUAGGACCCAAAAAGUACAAUCCUCUCCCAAAAGUGCAAUCCAAAAGCUUAAUCUACUGGGAAAAGCGCGGUUGUGGGUCACUCUCCUCCUUAUAUACGUACACAGAACACUCCAGCAAAGAGCGAGCACAACCUAGCAACCUUCUCUUUUUUCUGUAUACUAUCUUGGAUUUGCUCUGAGAUUUGAAUCUUGAAUUUGCUACUCUCUUUUUGGUUCUGCUAGAUGAUUUCAAACAAGAAAGCAGCUGCCUCUGCUUCUGCGGCAACAGCGAACGUCGUUGGCGGAAAGACGGCGAGAGCGUGUGACAGCUGUAUUAAGAAGAGAGCUAGAUGGUACUGUGCUGCUGACGAUGCUUUUCUCUGUCAAGCGUGCGACUCCUCCGUCCACUCGGCGAACCAGUUGGCACGCAGACACGAACGUGUCCGGUUGAAAACGGCGUCGUCGAUUCUCAAGUCCUCGACCAACUCCGGGAGUUGUGAUAAAUCAGAAGUGCCAUCAUGGCACCGAGGGUUCACGAAAAAGGCGCGGACGCCACGGCACGGCAAGUCCGGUACUCAUCGGAAUCGGUUUCCUCUUGUUCCGGAGGUCGGAGCGGACGACCUUUCGUAUGAGGAGAAUGAGGAGGAGCAGCUUCUGUAUAGGGUUCCCGUAUACGAUCCCUUUGUUGCGGAGCUCUGCACUUCUCCUAAUUCCAACACCGUUUCCAACGAAUCCAAAGCGGUUUCGAAGCCGAAUUACUCCCGUGUGGGAAGUGGAAAUUCAUCUUCGUCGCAUGGUUUUGAUCUUCCCAGUGAUAUGGAUCUUGCGAAUUUUGCAGCUGAUGUUGAUAGCUUAUUGGGGAGAGGGCUAGAUGACGAUAAGUGUUUUGGCAUGGAAGGGUUGGGGUUAUUGGAUUGUCAUGAAAAGGAAUCCACAACAACGGAGGAGGGUAGUACCGGAAGAGUGAAGCUUGAAGACGAGGAAGAUGCUUAUAUGGAGUGCCAAGCUGAGACGGAGAUCGAUCUGAUGAGGGAGCCGUUUGUGUUGAACUUUGAAGACUACGACGACUCGCCUGCCUCCUGCGCUGAAGAUGAGGAGGAUGAUGACAAAUUGGGAGUGACAAUGAGUCAUGGCGAGAUGAAGAGUAGUAGUGAAGAGCAUAAAAGUUGCAAGAAGAGGAAGAUAUUUUUGAGGCUGGACUACGAUGCUGUGAUUACCAAAUGGGAUAGCGAAAGUAAAGGAUCUCCGUGGACAUUCGGAGAAAGGCCCGAUUUGGACUCCGAUUGCUUGCCUGACUCCAUGGGCACGUCAAAUGGAGCUGAAUUAAUUCAUUACCCUUAUGGAGAUUUGAAUGGAGUAAUUGGAUUACAUCCGGCAAUGACUGACGGAGGGAGGGAGGCGAGGGUAUCAAGGUACAGAGAAAAGAGGAGGACGAGGCUGUUCUCGAAGAAAAUAAGAUACGAAGUUCGGAAGCUGAAUGCUGAGAAGAGGCCUAGAAUGAAAGGAAGGUUUGUAAAGAGAGCUUCGUUUGCAGCUUCAGGAUCUACAUUUCCUACGCUUAAUAAAGAAGUCAUGGACAGCUAAAGUAGUGAAGUUUACUUAUAGUAAACCAGCAAGAACACUUUUUUGUAUACACAUCGAAUAAACGUGAGAUUGUAUACGGAUCAAAUUAAUAAUAUUUAGACUCGUAUCUAUGUUAUUUCUACAUA